UCCGGGCCAGAGCCGGGGUCGGCGCCUUCCUCUCCCCUAAAAUAACUCGGGGGAGGAGGAGGAGGAGAAGGAGGAGGAGGGAUACAGACACAGCGGGGCCUCUCCCUGCACGGCCGAGCUUCCCCUCUCGGCGCUUCCCCGCUCACCGGCUCCUCUCUCUCGCUCUGCCAGGGCCCCGGAGCAGCCAUUUGGAGGAAGUCGGGGACGAGCGGAGCCCGCGACCGUGGCGGAAGGCGGAGGGGAAGCCCGGCCGCCGCCCGGCGCCCUCCCCGGCGCUCAUGUCCUCUCCCCUCGCCGGGCGGCCCCGAGGGGAGCCAUGUCUGCAGGGGGAGCGCCCCAGCCUCCCCACUCUCUGAACCUGCUGCCAUACCCCCGGCUGAGCGAGGUGCCAAGAGCCGGACACGAGCUGGAUGCUGUCAGCACUGAGAUCCCGUCUGAUCCUUGCACAGGCUACAGGUUCUUCAAGCCCGGGGGGUUGUUCGGCAUCAAGCAGUCGGAGGAGCCGUACGCCGAAGGGCAGCAGAUGCAGGAGGACAGCAAGAUCCUCGUGAGCCCCUGCGCGAUUGAGCCUGGCCGAGUGAACAAAGUCGAGCAGCCUGAGGAGAAGCCUGGGGUAGCUGCCGGGGCCCUGGAGCUGUACCCAGCCACCACCAGCAGCUCCAGCCGCUGGUUCCACGCUGGGCAGCGCGCUCCAGAGCGUGCCGGCACAGAGCGAGAUGGCACCGCCAGCCUCAGCCCGCUCUCCACCCGGGUGGCCUGCUGGGUGCCGCAGCUCGGUGCCGGCCCCUUCCGCUGUGCCCAGUGCGGGAAAGGGUUCCGCCAGAAGCAAAGCCUCAUCACGCACGAGAGGAUACACACCGGGGAGAAGCCUUACCGGUGCGGGGACUGCGGGAAGAGCUUCAGCCAGCGCCCCAACCUCCUGACCCACCGCCGUGUGCACACUGGGGAGCGCCCCUUCCCCUGCACGCAGUGCGGCAAGAGCUUCAGCCAGAAGGCCAACCUCCUGGCACACCAGCGCAUCCACGCCGCUGGGGACAAGGCACUAGCUGGGGGCGAGCAGGAGGAUGGUGGUUCCGGCAAGCCGAAGCUGCGAUCCCAAGGGAGGAGUUACCAGGAGGACACCCCCUUCGUCUGCCCCGAGUGUGGGAAGAGCUUUCGACAGAAGCCCAACCUCAUCACCCACCGACGCAUCCACACUGGCGAGAGGCCCUUCACCUGCUUCCUCUGCGGCAGGAGCUUCAACCAGAAGACCAACCUGGUGACCCACUACCGCGUCCACACCGGAGAGCGCCCCUUUGCCUGCACCCAGUGCGGCAAGCGCUUCACCCAGAAAACCAACCUGGUGACGCACCAGAGCACGCACACGGACCUCCGCCCCUUCCCCUGCGGGCAGUGCCAGAAGUGCUUCAAGGACAAGGUCUCCCUCAAAGCCCACCAGAAGACACACGCCCCACGCCAGCGGCGCUGCCCAGGCCGCAGUCCCGCUGCUGGGCUGCCCUAUGGGGCUGCACCCACCCUGCUGCAGCCUGGGGGGCCCGAGCAAGAGCCCCCCUUUAGCUCUGUGCCGCCACUGCCCAUUCAGAAAAUCCCUGAGGGCCAGGAGCUGUACUCCUGCACAGAGAAGAGCUUUCCCCCAAAGGAGCCGCUCCUGCCACCGCAGCAUGCUGCCCUAGGUGAGCAGACCUUCCCCUGUGUCCAGUGCGGGGAGGGCUUCUGCCAGAAGGUGGCUCUCCUCAGGCCACAACACGGUCCCACCACUGAGGCUCCUGGUGCUGGCACAGCAGCCUUCACCCAUGGCCCACACCUCCUGGGGCCGCUGGGCGUGCAGCCAGUUCUUGGUGAGGCGAACGCCGCGGCCCCCACGGCCCCUGGGACAGAGAAGCCCUUCAUCUGUAACCAGUGUGGCAACAGCUUCGGCCUCUGGCUGUCCCUCGUGGCCCACCAGAAGAGCCACACCGGGCAGAAGUGCUACCCGUGCCCUGAGCAUGAGAAGAGCUCUGGCGAUGAGCUCUCCCCCAAAGCACUCCAGGACAAGCAGGUAGAGGGGAGGGCCUGGCUGUGCCCUGAGUGCGGCAGAAGCUUCCCCCAGUAUGAUCGGUUGGUGAAGCACCGGCAGAACCACCGUGGCAGAGGGCCCUACCGCUGCGAUGUCUGCGGUAAGAGGUUCAGCCUCAAGACCAACCUGGUGACCCACCAGCGCAUCCACACCGGUGAGCGCCCUUUCACCUGCGGCGUCUGCGGCCGCCGCUUCAACCAGAAAGGCAACUUGGUGACCCACUACCGUACCCACACCGGGGAGCGCCCCUUCGCCUGCACCCAGUGCGGCAAGCGCUUCGCCCAGAAGCCCAACCUCAUCGCCCACCAGAAGACCCACACGGGCAGGCAGCCCUUCACCUGCCUCGAGUGUCCCAAGCGCUUCAAAAGCAAGCUGUCCCUGCGGGUGCACCAGCGGGUGCACGUGGCCGAGCGGCCCCAGGGCGAGCCAGGUCAGCCCCCUGCACCGCAGAGCCACGCCAGCAGCCCCUACCCCUGCUCACUGUGUGGGGAGAGCUUUGAGGAGCACGGGGAGCUGCAGCUGCACCGGCAGGGCCACGCCGGGGAACGGCCCCACGCUUGUGCUGAGUGCGGGAAGCGCUUCCGCCAGAAGGUGAACUUGGCUGUUCACCAGAGGACCCACACCGGGGAGAGACCGUUCCGCUGCACCGAGUGUGGCAAGGGCUUCAGCCAGAAGGCUCACCUGCUCCGGCACCGCAGGACGCAUGCUGGUGCCAUCCCACCUUCCUGCUGCGAAGGCACUUGCCCGGCACACCAAGACGAGCCAGAUGGCAGUGGCACUCCCCUGGGAAAAGGCUCGGAGACCCCCAGCCUGCUGCUGCCCCCCUGCUCCCGUGGAACCGCUCAUGGAUCGCUGCCUCGGGAUGAGCUCCGGCCGGGAGCGCAGCCCCCCAACAGACCCGAGAGCCCCUCGGGCGCAGCCGACAUCCUCCUGCAGCUGAUGCAGGAAGAGCAGCAGCACCUCGUGCCUGCCUCCCACCCCUCGCAGGAGGGACCUCCAGGGCCCUGUAAGUGCACCGAGAGCGGGGAAGGCUUGAGCCCAAAGCCGCCGAGCCUGCUGCCUCAGUGCUGCUGCGCCGACUGCCUCAGCCAGCGGCAGCUGCUCCUCAAGCCGCAGCCCGAGUGCCGAGCGGAGCUCUGGUGCAAGUACGGUGGCUGUGCCAGGAGCUUUGAGGAGAAACGAGUCCUGAGAGUGCCUGAGAGAGCGCAUGGCGAAGAGAAGCCCUCGCCGUGCCCCAGCUGCUUACUUCGGCCCGGCCCGGCCCGGCCCGGCAGGCGCACUGCGGCGGCUCCUGGUCGGUUCACGGCCCCGGUCUCCCCGCUGCCGGGUUUGAAGCGCCCGCCCCCUCCAGCCGGGCCCGGCCCAUCCAGGCAAAGCCCUCCGGCUCCCGGAGAGCUGCCUCAGCCUGCCGCAGGGCCCGGCCCACGCCGCGGUCCCGCUCCAGCCGGGGCCGGGUCCUGUCACCUUCCUCCGUGGGGCUCCUCACACCGGGCUGCCACAGCCCCGCACUGGGGCACCAGGGCCAGCGGCCGGAGCUGCAGCCCUCCCUGUCUGCGCUCCCCAGGGCAGCGGGUGCCCAUGACGGAUCUGGCGUCGCCGGCGGGUGAGAAGCCCUUCGCCUUCCCGGGGGGCGAGGAGGGCCUGGGCGACGAGAAGGCCCUGGUGAUCCACAGCCAGGCGGAGGAGGAGGUGGAGAAGGAGUUCAAGUGCAUCCUCUGCGGGGAAUGCUUCGGCCAGCAGCCCAGCCUCGCCCGGCACCAGAAGCACCACGCCGGGGAGCGCGCCUUCAUCUGCGCCGAGUGCGGCAAAGCCUUCAGCCUCAAGCACAACCUCAUCAUCCACCAGCGCAUCCACACCGGGGAGCGUCCCUACCAGUGCGACGUGUGCCAGAAGAGCUUCAGCCUCAAGCAGAACCUGCUCACCCACCAGCGCAUCCACAGCGGCGAGAAGCCCUUCUCCUGCCAGCGCUGCGGGAAGCGCUUCCGCGAGCAGCGCUUCCUCCUCAACCACCAGCGCACCCACGCCGAGGACCAGCCUGGCACCGCUGCCGCCGAGGUCCAGCCUGGCGGCAGCCGCUCACCACAGCUGCAUGAAGCAGCCACUGGUGGCCCCUUCGCCUGUGCCCGCUGUGGGAAGGGCUUCAGCUGCAGGAGCAGCCUGGCCACGCACCAGCGCAGCCACGGCACAGAGCGGCCCUUCUCCUGCCCCGACUGCGGCAAGGCCUUCAGCCAAAAGGGCUCCCUGAGGAUCCACCGGCGCACCCACACUGCUGGGACACCCUUCUCCUGCACCCAGUGCGGCCAGAGCUUCGCCCAGGAGGUUGACCUCACUGCGCACCAGUGUGCCCAUAGGGCUGAGGCUGCCCUCACGGAAUGACGGCGGCGAGUGCCAGCGCGGAGCCGGAUCUCAGCAGCCGCCGGCCGCAUCCCCGUGCCAUGCUACGCCAGGAAGGAGCUGCAGCACGGCGCUGCCGUGGGUGUGAGGAGGAGGAGGAAGAGGAGGCUCGUCCCGGCUGCGCCGAGAGCCCCCAGCGUGGCAGAAAGCACGCGAAAUAAAAAUGAAAUCAAACACAAA